AUGCUCAGAAUGAAGAAUCUGACAGUUCUAGUGACGGCCCAACUACCAAAAGAAACGAAGAAGAAACCAAAUAGGAUUUGCAAUCCGUUGCUGAGAAAAAAACGCAACUAUACACACCGCCAGGAGCGAAAGAACUGGGUGGAACGCGAAGAGUUGGCUUUGGCUAGGGCAUAUGUCGAUGUUUCUAAAAAUAAACAACACGGAAAUCAACAAAGUGUGGCUAGUAGGAGAUCUGAGGCUGAUGUUUUACAAUCACUAAGCAAGUAUCGGAGGACUAUUAACCAGAAAAGUUUUCCUCAUCAACAAGCUUGGGAGUGGUUGAAAGGCAACGUGAAAUGGGCAUUUGUUACAAAAGCGGGUGAAGACUCCCCACCUCCUUCUUCAAAACGAACCAAAACAUCUUCAUCCAACGCCUACACAUCAUUAUCUGAUCCACAAUAUCCUCCUGAUUUCUCCCCCUAA